CAACCAUGACAACCUCUGCGCUCCGCCGCCAGGUGAAGAACAUUGUUCACAACUACUCAGAGGCUGAGGUCAAGGUGCGCGAGGCCACCAGCAAUGACCCCUGGGGCCCACCCAGUUCCCUCAUGUCAGAGAUUGCUGACCUGACCUUCAACACAGUGGCCUUUGCUGAGGUCAUGGGCAUGCUGUGGCGGAGGCUCAAUGACAGCGGUAAGAACUGGCGACAUGUAUACAAGGCUUUGACACUGCUGGACUACCUGCUCAAGACGGGCUCGGAGCGUGUGGCCCACCAAUGCCGUGAGAACCUCUACACCAUCCAGACACUCAAGGACUUCCAGUACAUUGACCGUGAUGGCAAGGACCAAGGCGUCAACGUUCGGGAGAAGGUCAAGCAGGUGAUGGCUCUGCUCAAAGACGAGGAGCGCCUGCGGCAAGAGCGAACCCACGCUCUCAAGACCAAAGAGAGAAUGGCCCUGGAAGGCAUGGGCAUUGGCAGCGGGCAGCUGGGCUUCAGCCGAAGAUCUCGGGGCUCCCCCUCCUCCUACACCUCUGCAUCCUCAUCCCCGCGCUAUGCCUCAGACCUGGAGCAGGCACGGCCCCAGACGUCUGGAGAAGAAGAGCUGCAGCUGCAGCUGGCCUUGGCCAUGAGCCGUGAGGAGGCUGAAAAGCCAGUCCCCCCAGCCUCCCACAGGGAUGAGGACCUUCAGCUGCAGCUGGCUCUGAGCCUGAGCCGGCAGGAGCAUGAAAAGGGGGUGAGGUCCUGGAAGGAAGAUGACUCUCCAGUGGCGAAUGGCACAGAACCUGCUGGCCAUCGACGGCGGGACAGAGAGCCUGGGAGAGAGGAGAGAAAGGAGGAGGAGAAGCUGAAAACUAGUCAGUCCUCCAUCCUGGACUUGGCGGACAUCUUCGCACCUGCCCCAGCCCUGCCUUCCACACACUGCUCUGCUGACCCAUGGGACAUCCCAGGUCUCAGGCCGAAUACUGAGCCAAGUGGCUCUUCCUGGGGACCUUCAGCAGACCCCUGGUCUCCAGUUCCCUCUGGACAUGCCCUGUCCCGAAGCCAGCCUUGGGAUUUGCUUCCUACUCUUUCCUCUUCCGAGCCCUGGGGCAGGACCCCAGUGCUGCCUGCCGGAUCCCCCAUGGCAGACCCCUGGGCGCCAAGCUCCCCCAACCGCAAACUCCCCAGCACUGGAACAGACCCUUGGGGGGCCUCUCUGGAGACUUCUGACGCCUCUGCUCUAGGUGGUGCCCCGUCCUUCGACCCAUUUGCCAAACCUGUAGAAUCCACAGAGCCGAAGGAGAGCCUGGACGGUGCCCAGGCCCUCUCCCUGGGGAAGUCUAGCAGUCCUGUGGAACUAGACCCAUUUGGAGACACCAGUCCCAGUUGCAAGCAAAAUGGCAUGAAGGACUCUGAAGCCCUUGACCUGGGUGUUCUAGGGGAGGCGCUACAGUCAGGAAAGGAGGUGCGCCCCUGCCGGACUCCGGAGUCCUUCCUGGGCCCCUCCGCCUCUUCUUUGGUCAACCUGGACUCACUAGUCAAGACACCCCUGGCUGCAAGGACCCGGAACCCCUUCCUGACAGGUCUGGGUGCUCCGUCCCCUACUAACCCGUUUGGCGCGGGCGAGCAGGGCAGGCCGACCCUGAACCAGAUGCGCACCGGCUCGCCCGCGCUGGGUCUGCCGAUGGGACCCGUUGGGGCGCCCUUGGGCUCCAUGACCUACAGCGCCUCCCUGCCCCUCCCGCUCAGUAGCGUGCCUGUCGGAGCGACCCUCCCAGCCUCGAUCAGCGUCUUCCCGCAAGCCGGAGCCUUCGCCCCGCCGCCCGCGACCCUGCCUCAGCCGCUGCUGCCCACAUCCGGCCCGGCGGGACCUCUGCCCCCGCAGGCUGGCACCAAUCCCUUCCUUUGAGACGCUUCGGCGCCUGCGCGCGAGGCCACGCCUCCUCGAGGGCGGUCGUGCAGGUUGAGCAUUGAUCCUGGCUCCUGAGGACCCCUGACAGAUCCUGAACAAGCUAGGGAUUGACAUCUAGGGGACGAAGACUACAUCCGCCUAAUAAAGACUGGAAUCUACGUCCUCAGCUCUUACCAAGUGGACUUUUUGAGGGGUGUGGCAGCUGGGUCUGGACCACAGCACUGAUUACCAGCGGAGGCGGAAACUACUUGACAGUCUGAAUUCCCUCAGAACCCUCUCAAUCUCCCAUUCCCAUCUCAUGUCGGCCUGGUGCCUUCCUUCCCUACGCUCUCACUCAUUCAGGCCUCCAUCCGCUGUCACACAUGGGCUACCCCGCUAGCAAGGGGUAAUAGCAUUUGCUCAUUCCUUGAUGCGCGAUGUACCUGAGGCAGAGAAUUUCAUGUAACAUAUUGCAAGGCGCCUCCGCAGUUAUACUGUUACUCAGGACUUCAGCGUUUGUAGGGCCCUACCCAAGCUGAGCAUGCAGUGCUCCUUGUCCAAAACUGGGUUAAGAAUUUCAAAACACAGUUGGAUGGAUAUGGUGGUGACACAUACCUAUCAUCCCGGCACUUGAAGGAGUCUGAGGCAUGAGGAUACUGAGUUCAAGGCCAGCCUGGGCUCAUUUUCUUUUUUCUUUUUAAAUUAAGACAAGAGGAGGAGAACAAUAAACUAAGGGCCCAGCCCUCCCAAGUGAGGUGGCAUAGGUCUUUCUUACUACUCCUGCCUAAUAGCUAGCUAAAGCUUUGAGGGGUACAGUAGUAUGCUCACAAAACUGGAGUGAUGUGGGGCAGGAAUUCAGAAUCAGACAGUCCGGCUGUCUGUGCUGGAUCAGGUUUAAUUCAGCAAACACUGACUGACUGUCUUGGACAAAAUGCUGGGCUCACCCAGGGGGAACCAAGGAGGUCUAAACCCACAUCUUCCAGGAGCUAGGAGGGCAGCAAGGUAGACACACCAAUAACACUGGAUACGGCUGCGGCAUAGCCAGCCACGGGAAGCCCCCUUAUCUUAAUGUCUGACUUUAUCAUCUUAAAUCCCACCCUGCCCCUGCCCUUUCACCAGGGCUGAAGGGAGCCACCUUGACCCCCAGAGGUCUGGCCCUCUGGAGGGUUGUUGCAACAUGUAGAAAACCAAACACGGGCUGGCCCUGAGCGUCUGGGGGUUACCAUGGUUAUCCAUGUGCACCUGGGACUUGGGGCCUGACCUAUCAGGCAGCCUGAUGCUGGUCCCACUCUCUUUGGGGUCACAGACUGUACCUGGGUUUCCUCAGCCUGAAGCACCACCGCUGGUGGAGGUGGUACAAUAGCCUGCCCUUCCUGGGUACAUGGGCAGGAACUAUUCUCAUAGGGAGGGAGGCCACAAGACAGCUUGCUGCCAGUAGGAAGGGCAAGGGCAGCUGCUGGGAGGUCAGCUGGGCCUGCCAAGCUCUGCUCUGGGGCCGAACUUAAUGAUAA